AUGCCAAGUGCAUUAUGCGCGGGCAGUUCACUACCGUUGGACGCGCCGAAGCCGAGGAUUCCAACUUCAGAAUCUUCUCCGCGCGGUUUGAAUACCGCGUCCAAGGUGCUGCACAUGGAAGCUUUGAAUCGGUCAUUUCACAACGCUACAUCUCUGGCCUCCGAGAUCAAAGAAAGCGUUAACAAUGUCACAAAGAUUGACAAGAUCCGACCGUCUUCUGUUAACAGUAAACGCAACCGAGAAUCGCCGAUUAUGCACCACAGUCCCACGUCUAUUGUGCGGCACUUUUCGAUCAGAUUCAAGAAUCACGUCCAGACUUCUUUGAGUGAUCCGUUGAAAAAAGGCUCUUUUCGGCGGAAACCGAGGAAUGUCACUCCAGCUCAACAGUCAGGUUGUUAACUUAUUUGUAGUUGGCCAUUGACUGGUAACUGGUCGUUUCAAUGCGAAAUGUCAUCUUAGUAAUCUUGAGAAAACUGAAACGUCUAGGGCAUGGGAGAAAGAGGGUCAAAAGUGAGAAGCUUUGGGAUUAAUAAUUUAAAAGUUUCAGAUGAAAACGAAGGUGGGGCUUCAUCUAGCGACGAACUCGACGACCCAGAGGUUUUGGCAUUGUUUGAAAGGGAACAGAUUGUGGAUAAAUAUGAAAAAGUAAGUUAUCUUUGUUUAUUUUGUUUGUUUUAUGACAUUUUUAAGUAAAAAAUGUGUUUUUUUACUGUUUUAUGUCAAUUUUUAUUUGGUUUUAAACAAUUUUAUUGUUUUAGGGGCCCGAACAAGCCGGCAUCGAUCCGUGGGAGAACCCAAACUUUGAAUUGUACGAAAAAACUGACAGAUUCGGCUUUAUUCAGUACGUUUUAUAUGAUUAUUUAAUUGGUUUAUUGAUGUAGUCGUAAAUAAUUUGAUUUCUGGUUUUCAGUAAGGAAGGGUUGACAAAACAAGAAAUAGAACGGAAAGAACAGAUAAAAGAGAGGAAACGAUGCCUGAAAUGGGAUGCCAUGUACAAGGAAUGGGAGCAUCGGGAGCCUACCAAGAUGAGGGAGAGGAUAUGGAAGGGGAUACCCGAGUCUUACAGGAUCAGGGUAUGUUUUUGUAGACUGUUAAAGUUUUAUUGGCAAAGUAUAUCAUUUUUGAAUUAACAAACAUAUAAAAACCUUGUAACUCAUCAAAAAAUAUGUUUUUAAAUUUAGGCGUGGUCGAAGAUGUUGCACAUAGAAGAGUACAAAAACGGCAACGAGAAAGUGUAUCAAGAACUACUGGUCAGAGGACAGUUGUUGUCGAAAGAAGUGAAACAAAUUGACCUUGAUGUGAAUCGAACCUACAGGGAUAACGUCGCUUUCAUGAAACGUUACGACAUUUCACAGAAGCGACUCUUUCAAAUUCUAACGGCAUACUCAAUGUACAAUACAGAAGUGGGCUACUGUCAAGGCAUGAAUCAUAUCGUGGCACUUUUAAUCAUGUACAUGAGCGACGAUGAGGAUGCCUUCUGGGGACUACACAGCCUUCUGGCCAACAAAAAAUACACUAUGCAUGGUGGGUUUUUUAAAAAUAUUUUAUAAAGGGAUUUAUAAUAGGUAUCUAUUUGAAAAAAAGGAUGUUCAAAAAAUGUUUUGAAUAAUUUAUUUCAUAAAGUAUGGGUACGAUUUUGUUAACAUACCUGUUUUAGGAUUCUUCGUUCCGUCGUUUCCAAAACUGCGAAAGUUCGAAGAUCACUUUCUGAACCGGGUAUUACCUAAAUAUGCUCCAAAGGUGCACAAACACUUUGAGAAGCUGAUGCUGCCUCCGAUCUACUUACCCAAAUGGUGGUUCGGCUGUUUUCUGGAUAGAGUGCCAUUCAAACUGGUUCUCAGGAUAUGGGAUGUUUUUCUGUUUUUGGGCGAUGGGGUCCUAAUGGCUAUGGCGCUAAACAUCUUUAAAAUGCACGAGAGUAAUUGUUUAAAAUUUCAAAUUACAUUAGGUUUUUUGCUAAAAAGUUUAUUUAUUUUUUGUACUACAAUGACGGAAGUAGUAUCCAAAAAAUAUUUUAUGUUGCAAGUUUUUAUAGUAUGAUUGUUAAAUUAUUGUAGUUUCCAAAUUAUUAUUACUUUCUUUUAUGCAAUAUUGCAUUUUCAUAUUGAUCUUUUGCAGAAAAAGUGAUAAGAAUGUCGAUGGAGCAGUUCAUGGACUUUAUUCAACGCGGACUUCCUGCUGACUUCGGCUACACUGACGAUCAGGUGAUGGAAUCUCUGAAACGAUGGCUAGAAAAGCUUCAAGAUGACAAAAUGGCUCUGCCACCGAGGAAAGAAGACGACUUUCCGAAUCAGCCAUUGGGUCCUGUCUUGAAGCGAUCUCUUGUUGAUAUCAGAAUGGACAUCGCCGAGAUCCACUCCAGGUCUUCUAGAGCGAACUGUAAGUCGGUUAGGUAGUUGUUUUGUGUGCUUGUGUUGUUGUAUGUGUCUCUACUUAUGGUUAUGUUGUUUUUUUGUGCUUGUUUUUGUUCCCUUACUGUAGCGUUAACUAAUUAUUUCCUUUACUUACUCUUACUGAUCAUUUCCAAUACUAUACUUGUUAUUUCUAACCGCUUAUCAUUUAAUACUUUGAAUUGUUAUUUUCACUAGUUUACAAUCGGGUAAUGGCUGCCGUUGCCGUGGACGAACGCCUUUCUCAAGUCUAUCGCCAAUCCUAUCACUUCUACUCUAACUACUAUCGACAACGAUUUGCCAGCUUCUCUAACACUUGACAAUGCUAAUAAAGUAUUACUUUUACUGUUUACAGCCCAGUUUCUUUUGGAUCUUCCCUUUAUUGACGAAGAUAUGUAAACGAUGCCGAUGCUUAAAGUAGAAUACCUACCAUGUCUACAGAUAUAUCAAACUUGUUAAGUCUUAUUUGUUUUACACCUUUUUUUGUCUUUUUUGUAUUAUUAGUUAGGUCAAGACGUGAUUAGAAAAGUCUGGAGUUUUGUUAAAGUACUAAACUUUAUGAAACAAUAGCUAUGUCUUAGUGAUUAAGUUUGUCUGUUGGUGGCAGUUGUGUUUCCUUGUGAUGUUGUUAAUGGAAUGAGUCUGAUCUUUGUUUUCAGCGUUAGCUGGUCGUUCGCCUGCCCCUCUACGAAGUCGGCGGAGUCAGAAGCCGAACGAGAAGGCGUCGCUUUCUCAGUCGGUCACUGCCUUACCCACUCCCAAUGCACAAGCCUUUAAAAAUACCGCAUCUGAGUCAGAUCCCCGCCCUCUACGUCCGUCUGGAACCCCUCCAAUCGAUGGAUUCAGAAGGAAGCCGUCUGUCAGAAACGGCCGAACUGCUGCACCGCUGCCGAUCCCAGAUGCUGAUGGAUUUGUACCGCUUUCAGCGACCAAAAACAGACAUUCCUUAUAUGACAAUGUCACCCCAUCUACAACUCCAUCUUCUGGGAGCCGGCUGCCUGCGCACUCUCGAGAAACCUCUUCGGAUCGUGUUCAUCGGGCUGCCAACAACGUCACUUACAUACAGCUGACAGACGACGAUCGUGUCCCCAGUCCUCCGCCUGACUACGACACUGACGAUCUCCGGUAG